UUUUUACAGGGGAACUGCCGCGAGGCAACGGACUUUGGCACCUAGACACUUGCAACAACGUGCUCGUGACUGGCAACCCUCGAGCUAAAAGGCGGCGAACCCAUACCCCUGGAGGAUCGCCUGGAAGCCCGUCAUCUACCUGGGAUACGUGCACUUGGCCGUUCUUCGCGGCGUCCACUACGUCACGUUCACCAGCCAGCCGCUGUUGUACACCUGCUUGUGGAACCAUGACAUUCCAGUACAGUAUCUACGAGUGGGCGCGCAACCACCGCGUGCACCAUAAGUUCAUGGACACGGACGUCGACCCGCACAACAUCAAGCGCGGCUUCUUCUUCGCUCACGUGGGCUGGCUCAUGGUGCACAAGCACCCCGACGUGCGCGCCAAGGGCAAGAUCGUCGACGUCAGUGACCUGGAGGCUGACCCCAUCGUCAUGUUUCAGAAAAGAUACUACUACACCCUGAUGGUUCUCUUCGCAUUCGUCAUGCCGACCGCGGUGCCUUGGCUGCUAUGGGGCGAGGACCCCUGGACGGCCUGGUGAUCCACCGUUCCAGGACCCGGCAUGCGGGUUGCAUAGCAACGAUUUGUCCUGUGGAUCGGGUCGGUGGAUCACCUGGUUUCUGAGAAGGCGUGAACGGGUGGCAGGUAAGUGCGGUGAGUGCAAUGGUAUAAUGCUGUUGCAGCUGCAUAUGUCCGCCACCAUGGGCUCGCUUCUGAAUUGUGUCUCGUGUGGUUCUUCUUUAUCGUUUGGUCUCACUGAACGAUAUCGAAAUAUCGCCGUUGACUGUACUCCUUUCCCCGCGCAUCCGCCUUCGAGCCCCCGGACUGCAGGCCAGCCCUGCGCACCGGAGGGCUGCUUGUGCUUCGGGGUCUCGCGGUGCGUUGGAGAGAACAGGAGUCCAGGUGAGUUCAGCACCGAUGUGACGUGCAUUUGGGUUCGCGCACCACGGCAUUCCCCCUCCACUUACGCGAUCCGUCCAUGCGUAGCAGCCCAGGUAAGCUGCAUCCGAUGUUCCCACUGCUUUUCGUGCUAUGUGGGUGACGUGGCGCUGUACAUAGGGCGUUGAGCCUCUCUUCGGGUCUGCUUGUGGCAUGCACCCUCGAUACACCCGCGACAGUGGGUGCAUGUUGGGGCACUGCUAGCGGCGGGCCUGAGAGGGAUGCCCGGGGAAGGGGUGUACACCGCUGCUCUCAGAGGACUACUCUCAGAAAACCGCGGUCUGUGGAAUAUCACUACUCUGCAGUCCAGGGUUCGAAUUCUUGGUAAAGAGAAACUGGCUUAUAUCACCCUUCCCGCUUGCAUCCUCUCUGAGGUUUCGCACCGUUGUGUUUCAUCUUCGCACUGCUUGGUGGCACUCGAUGCUUUACCGCGAUGCUCACAGAACCUUCUGCACUGUUUCAGGGAACAAAGGCGCACGCAUUCCCUGGUGCCUGCCUGCCAUCAGCUUGUCUUCGAGGAUCGACAUUAGCGCCGGAAGGGAGGUCCGCAUAGUGGCGUCGCAAUUCUAGCCCGACGCUGUCUUCACCAGAGCGUGGCUGGUCCAGCGACCGCUCUGCUGCGCCAUGUGCAGACAAGAGGCGAGUACCAGCAACUCGUAGGAAGCGGCCUUUCACGUAUGUUAGGGCGGUGGCAACAAACCCUGGGCCUUCCCGCAGCAAGUCAGCCAGGUCCCGAACCAGUACCUGGUCGUCAACAACAAGGGCGUCGUCAUCCCGCACAGCGUCAACUUCCCCGACAUCGUCAAGACGGCCAACUUCCCG